AUGGCAAAUGAAAUUGAGGAUGUUUUGAAAAAAAUACAGAAGGAUCCGGUACAAGAUGAUCACAUCAAAUCUCUUCUCCAAAGUGGUGUUCACCUACCUUACUUUUCAAAACAACCAUGUGAGCAUUUCGUCAGGAGAAAUGUACUGCUUUCUUCCAUAUACACUCUAUUCGAAUUCUGGGAAAAACAGAUACGAUAUGCUGGUAUAACUUUACCCAAAUCAGCACGACAGAAAUGGAAUGAUAUUCUGUAUGCGGAAUCAAGUACGCAGGGUUCGAAAGGAUUCAAAUUUGGUAAUAUACCUUAUGGUUGGUUUAAUAUUGAGACCAGAGAAAGUGUACAGACAGUAUAUAUAACAACAAUACUGACCAGGUCCGACCCUGGCACUGUCAGCGGAACCCUCAUUGUCUGUCAGAAAGAGUAUAUAUAUGAACCCCUCAUUGUAAUGGUAACAGAGCCUCGGUCUGCUUUUUGGGGUUUGUUUAAUUGGAACGUCAUGCUGGAAAGACGGAUUCCGCGUAAAAUGGAUUCUUCAUCAGUAAAAAUCCUCCGAGAAAUCCUCAGAAGCGAUGCAGUUAAACACAUAGAAGGACUAUUGCGUUUUGAUCAAAUGACGCAAUUGGUGAUUUUAUUACCGUUCCUGUUAUUAAUGUUUGGUUUGUUUAGUUUGUAUGGUAUAUUUUUUAUUUGAUUAAAUGAUCCUGCUUGUAAGUAUGCAUGUCAAUAUAAAUGGAAAGAAUCGAAAGAAAAAACGUUUUCAAAAUAAAAAAGAAUAAAUAAAUACUUUUUCAUUUUUUAAGCAUUUGUACGAGUUGGAUCUUGAUUCGAUUAGUGUAAUGUAUAAUUGAAUUUUUAAUGUCAUUAAAGCAUAGAUGCAUACUUUUUAUGAUAACUUUUUGUAUCAAUAUUUAAUAAACAAAAAAUAGAAUCAAUGCAUAAUAUUUCUUGCAAACAAUAGCAAUGGGGAUGGAUUCAAUUUUAACCCGCCGUUUCUUGGCA